AUUUUCCUCUCCUCCCCCCCACAAUAAAUUCUUCUUCCUCCUCUUUAAAGUCUUUUACCUCUUCUUUUUCACUGUCACUUUCAUGAUCUUCCAGCACUUUGUCUUUCUUCUUACGUCGACGUUUUCUAUCCGUCUUCUUCCCACGUAAAUUUAACUCAAAUCAACGUCUUUGAUACAAACAGAUCGUUGUAAAACGUUGAUUCGAUAGUAUGGCGCCGCUUCUUUUAAGUUUGAUAAAAUACAAGUCAUCCAUUUUGGGUAGUCCACAUCAAAGUGACUUAAGGAGAUGAAAUGCGAGCGCUUCGUUGCCUCACGUUUUUCGCAAAGAAAAGCAUGACGAGGAUCAAGAUCAGAUCUCCAUCAAUUUAAGCUGCAACGUGGCGAAGAUGACCAAACUCAUAAGGAUUACGUGUGGUCUAUUCCAUAAAUCAAGGUUAAAAAUUAAGUGUUGGAUACAUCAGGGUGCGUACCAUAUUUUUGUGUACAUAUAUUGUCCCUCACAGAAAUGAGCUGGAGUCUCCAGAUAUGAUGUCAGGUGAACAAGAUAUGGGCGACUAUAUGCUGCGGUAUUCACGGCUUGAUAUGGCGGAAACCAGACAGAAUGGCUUAGAGUCAUGGUCUCCAGGUCAAAGCGUUCUGAACACAGAAAACUCUAGGUCAGAAGAAUGUUCGAAAACAUUUCGCAUUAUAUAUGUCAAUCAUGAUAUUCGUCUUCGGCACCCUCAGUCCCUUCGUCAAUUUUCUACUCUUAUUAAAAAUCGCGCAUCACACGACGCUGCUGAAUCGAACAGGACAUUUCUUGACUUUACAAAGUCAUGGCUGUUCAUGCCAACAACCAUCAUCAUUUUCUUAUACCUCUUCCUUCUUAUGGAUAUUUUGCUCUCUUUAAGGCUCAAAAUCUCGACUUCUCAAGGACCACCCUGCACCAACUAGGACUCGACCCUUUUCACAAGAAGUUCAUUGGUCCUUUUUCGCGAAAGCACAUUUUUUUGCACAUGGCGAUGGAGAAACACUUAAGGUGUAAAUAUUUGUGAAUUCCACAGAUAUAACAUAUAACAUAAACAGAUACCAUGACGCUGGUUGGUUACUCAUCUUGGUCGAGGCUCCUCGCCUCUGCAACACCUACAGAGCAUCAGCUUAUAUUGUCCACCGCCUUAUCACCCCUG